AUGGCUAGCAGUGAAGAACAAAAUAAGACCCAAAUUUCAGAAUUUAUCCUUUUGGGUUUUGGGGAUCUCCAUGGCCUUCAGUUUCUCCUUUUUGGGAUAUUUCUGGCCAUCUAUGCGGUGACUCUUAUGGGUAACAUUGUGAUCCUAACUGUAGUGUCAGUUGAUUGCUCCCUUCACAUGCCCAUGUAUUUCUUUCUUGGACACUUCUCCUUCCUAGAGAUUGGCUACACCACUACCAUCGAGCCCACAAUGCUGAGGGCCCUGCUUUCAGCUCAUGAGCCUAUUUCCUACCCAGCCUGUGCUUGCCAGUUUUAUUUUUUUGCUUCCCUGGUUGCAACAGAGUGCUUCUUCCUAGCUGUAAUGUCUUAUGAUCGCUACAUAGCUAUCUGUAACCCACUGCAUUACUCCAGCAUCAUGAACCACUGGGGCUGCUUACGGCUAGCUGGUGCCUCUUGGAUGGCUGGGUUUCUGGCACCCAUCCUCCUCAUGGUCCUCAUUUUUCAGUUAACAUUCUGUGCCACCAAUGAGAUUGACCACUUCUUCUGUGAUUUGAAGCCCAUCAUGAAGCUGGCAUGCACUGAUACCCAAAUAGCUGAAAUGACCUCUUUUAUAUGUACCUCAUUGUUUGCUCUUGGUCCCUUCCUGCUGACCUUGGCUUCUUAUAUUCACAUCAUCGUCACUAUUCUGAAGAUUCCAUCUAACAUGGGGAUGCAAAGAGCCUUCUCCACUUGUACCUCCCACCUGACAGUUGUCACCCUGUAUUAUGGGACACUGGGCAUUGUCUAUGGCUUCCCGUCAGAGCCUGGGUAUGAAGAAUUAUUGAAGUUGCUUUCCCUUCUGUAUACGGUAUUUACCCCUGCCCUCAACCCUAUCAUUUACACCCUAAGGAACAAGGAUGUGAAGGCAGCUCUGAGAAAACUGGUGCAAUAA